ACUCUUUACAGAAGUAAUAUACCGUGCGGAUUAAAAGCAGGUAACAUGAUCCCGUUAUCCAUAGCAACGUAUGCGGCGUCUUUCGGCUGAAAGCAACAGGUAAUCAUGCUGACGAACUUUCUGCGAGAGUAUAACGCAAAUCGGGUAUUUUUAUCGAGCGUGGGUCUUUGGCCGUUUCAAAACAAGAUUAUGAGAAAUUUUUUGCGAACCUUUUGUAUUCUGCUCGAAAUCAGUUAUUGUCCCUUCGAGGUAAUACUCCUAUACGAUCACUGGGACGAUUCGAAAUUGGUUUUUGAUGGCCUUUAUCAACUCACUGUAUCAGUUGGUUUCCUUGUAAGAAUAAUGAAUGACUUAUGGAAUUACGAUAAGUUGCAAAAAUUAUAUCAAGCUAUGGACGAACAUUGGGACAUAUUUACAAAUAAAAUAGACGUUCGAGUUUUAAAAGAGUACUCUACAUUUUCACGAAAAUUUACAAUAUAUUUCUCCAUACUAUUGUAUAUCAUGUCAUCGGCAUUUAUAAUAGUACCGUUGAAACCGAUAUUCUUGGAUAUUAUACUGCCCCUUAACGAAUCACGUCCGCGAUUUUUCGCAAUCGAAUUAGAAUGCAGGUUGGAUAAAAAUGAACAUUUUCUGCUACUUUAUUUUUAUACGACCACUAUAAUCGUAGUGGGCAUAACUAUCAUAGUCGCCAUUGAUACAGUAUACGUUAUAUCUACUACUCAUGCAUGUAGUCUGUUUGCGAGUGUCAGUCAGCAGGUUGAAAACAUGAUUUUAAAAGUGAACAAUAGCAAUAAAAUUAGUGACCAUGAACAUUGCAUGAAUACAGAAUUUGAAAUGUUAGAAGAGGAAAGUUUAUAUCGGGAAUACAUUACUUGCUUGAAAAAGCACCAGCUUGCUAUAGAAUUUGUUGAUAUAUUGGAGUCAUCGUAUCAAGGGUUUACAUUAUGUUUAUUAAUAUUGUUUAUUGUAAUUUUAAUUCUGAUUGGAAUUCGAAUAGUUUAUGUAUUAGAUCAAGUGGAAGAAGUGAUAAGAUUCGCGUUUCUAAUUAUAGGAGCUUCGAUGAUUUUGCUACUCGUAUGUUACCCCUGCCAGAGAUUAAUGGACGAGAGUCAGAAUGUAUUCCACCGAGCAUAUGCGGCGGAAUGGUAUAAUUACUCGCCUAGAUUAAAAUAUCUGUUAAUUAUAACUCUGUAUAGAAGUAAUAUACCAUGCGGAUUAAAAGCAGGUAACAUGGUUCCGUUAUCCAUAGCAACAUUUGCGGCGGUGGUACGAAUAGGUAUAUCUUAUUUCACAGCUUUCUUAUCACUCAAAGAUUAAUUAAAGUAAUUAAUCACCAGUUAGUUCUUCACCGAUGUGGUUUUACUUCAUUGUCAAUAAACUACAGUAAACAAUUUCACAAUAUUAUAUUGGUUUGAUAAUACAGUUUAAAAAUUUUUGCGUUUAACUACAUCCUGUUGUUAGUAUUUUUAUAAGAUAUUUAUUUUACACCGGUUAUCCAGCAGCUCUUAUAAACUGAUGUAUAAUAACUGACAAUCUUUUGUAUCCAUGUUAUGCGCUUUACUUUAAGCUUUAUUUAAGAGAAUUAUAAGAUCGAUAUAUAAAAAUAUAUACUUGAAUGUACAAAAUGACAAAAAUAUUACACAUUUUAUUAGUUGAAAA